AUGACCCAGGCCACUUCAAUGGAACGUGAUCAAAUUUUAUCAAUUGAAACGGAGCCUGAUGCAUCGGAGACCCGCACACCCUCUGAAGGUGAAAGAAGUACCAUUCCAGAAGCAACACCUGAUCUAUCCAUCUGUGCGACGAAAACUGAUCUCGUCGCUCAACCAAUGACUUUUCUUGAGAGAAUAAUUGCAGAAACACAGCCUAUCGGAGGUAUUCUGGCAUCCAAACCUGCAUCUACUGGCAGGGUGAAACUUGAUGAUGUUCAUCACACAACAGAGCUCACUUCGACAGAAACUGAGCUAAUUUCGUCAAAUGAAAGAAAAUCCGAUGACCCGGGGACAAGCAUAGCAUCUAGUACUACAACAAUUGUAACACAGUUACCUUCAGAAGAUCUAUAUGCGGUGGAAGCACAGCGGGAUGUUCAACACAAGAUCAGACCCUCCGAAGGUGGAACUCAUCCCAAUGUUGAAGUAGCUACUGGUCCAGCUAUACGGGAAACCAAAACUGAUCUCGUCAGUCAACCAACGGCUGCCCUUGGAAGAGUAAUGGUGGAAACACAGCGUAUCGGAAGUAUUCUGGCGUCCAAGCCUGUAUCCACUGACAGGGUGAAACUCGAAGAUGUUCAGCAAACAGCAGAGCCCACUCCGACGGAAAUUGAGCUAUUUUCGUCAAAUGAAAGAAAACCCGAUGAACGGGAGACAAGCACAGCAUCCAAUACUACAACAAUUGUAACAGAGUUACCUUCAGAAGAUCUAUAUGCGGUGGAAGCACAGCGGGAUGUUCAACACAAGAUCAGACCCUCCGAAGGUGGAACUCAUCCCAAUGUUGAAGUAGCCACUGAUCCAACUAUAAGAGAAACCAAAACUGAUUUGGUCUCUGAACCAAAGAGUUUUCUUGAGAGAAUAAUUGCGGAAACAAAGCCUAUCGGAGGCGUUCUCGCAUCCGAACCAACAUUGAAUGAUGGGGUGGAAUUGGAAGAUUUUGAGGACACGGCACAGGCCACUUCGAUGGAAGGUGAACGAGUUUUAUCAAUUGAAAGAAAGCCGGAUGAGCGGGAGAGGGGCACACCAUCGAGUAUUGAAAUAAAUGUAACAGAAUUGUCAUCACAAGACCGCUACGCAGCGGAAACACAGAAAGAUGUUCAAGACAAGAGCGCAUCUUCCGAAGGUGAAAGAAGCACCAUUCUAGACGAAACAGCCUGUGUAGCAACUGGCGAAGCUGAACCUAAUCUAGACAUGGAUCCAAAGUAUUUUCUUAAAAAUAUUAUCGCUGAAACAAAGCCUAUUGGAAGUAUUCGCAUAGCGGAACCUACAUCGACCCAUAGGGCGAAAGUAGUACCUACUAAGGAUUCCAAAGGGACCACUUUGGACGAAGAUGAGUCUAUCUCAUCAACUGAAAUGAAUCCUGGUGGCAUCGAGAAAGAGUUACCUCGGACUAUCAGAACAAUAGUAAGAGUUGUACCGUUGACAGAGCUCGAGGUGAAUGAAACGCAAGACGAUUACGUCGACGAAGAUGCACGAAAUGAGCUUCAAGAAAACCUGAUCUUGGAACCAACUGCUGAUCCAAUUACUAUUGGCAAACAACUGCAUAUGGGUAGUCGACCGAAGAGUUCUCUUGAAGAGAUUAUCGCAGAAACGCUUCCUAUCGGAAGUAUUUACAGGGGAAAACCUAUAUUGACCCAGAAGGCAGAACAUCAUGUAAUUAAGGAUACAACCGAGGUCAGUUCGAAGAAAUAUGAGCAAGUAUCGCCAAUCGAAAUAAAAUAUGAUGGAAGGAAGAGCGAGACACCCUUGAAUAUCAAAACAAUGGUUUCAGAACCGCCGGCCUCUGACCACUCUGUGACAAAAACGCAACACGAUAUCGGAGGCAAAGAAGCACCGGCUGACCUUGAAAAAAAAUUUACUUUAGAAGCAACUGCUGAUCCAUUCACUUUUGAAACAAUACCUGAUAUGGUCUCUCAACCUAAGACGUAUCUUGAAAGAAUUAUUGCGGAAACAAUGCCUCUCGGCCGAAUUUUGACACCAGAAAUUAAGGUGCCAUAUAGUGUUGAAGAGGAAUCAGUUUCUGGAACGGUGAAAGCUGUGGAGGAGCGGGCUGAUGAUAUCUCGUUUCCAGAAUGGAAGCCUGAUGCUACGAGUAAGGAAAUACUCACGGUCGCUACAACAAUAGACACAACAGUACCUAUGAUUGGCUUAUCAGCAUGUAGCGCAAAGCAUGAUGUUGUCGAGGAUGACGCGUCUAACAAAAAGGAAGCGAUUAUGAAAGCAUUAACCACUGAUGAUGGAUCAGCUGAAAAAAAGAAAGAGCAUUUGAUUGAUCAAGAGGGACUAUUUGAACGUAAGACAGUAGUAAAAUCGGUAGCAAUUGCAGACGUUUUAGAUGGAGAAGAGACGCAGGAUGCCAAAGAUAAACAAAAAGCGGUCGAGGUUGAAACAAUAGUGAAAACAGUAAGAAUUGCUGAUCCAUUCAUACAUAAAAUGAGUCCUAGUACGAGUGGAUCUCAUGCCAUGGAUAAAGAUGCAUCUUUGGAUGUUACAAGAACUGAGACAACGGUACCGAUUGUCGACGUGUUGACAUCAGAAAUAGACCACGAUGCCAUGAGUACAUCCAAGCUUGACGAUGUUAAAACAAUAGUGAGAACAGUGGCAAUUCCGGAUGAAGCGACUCCUGAAACAAAGCAGAUAAUGAUCGAUGAUGACAAAAAACUCAAUGUCGAAACAACAUUAAAAACAGCACCGAUUCUCAGUGCAUCGACAUCGGAAAUUAAGUCAGAUCUCAUGGCCAAUGAGAAAUAUACCGACGUUAAGCCGAUACUAACAAAUGUUGCAAUUAAAGAUGUAACAGAUCUGGAAACGACGCAUACCCUUGUUGAUAAUGGGAAGUCUCUCCAAAAGAAAACGAUAAUGAAAAUAGUAUCAGAUACAGAUGCAUCGGCAUUGGAACAAGAGGAUCAUUGGAUCGAUAAGGAUAAGCCAGUCGAAGAUAAGACAGUAUCGAUGCAAAAUCUCUGGCCAUUUGAAACCAACCAUGAUGCCAUAGAUAAAAAGACAUCUGCCGCAGUUAACACGAAAGCUACAAUGGUUCCGAUUGAAGAUGUGGUUGCACCAGAAACAAAACAUGAUGCCGUGGACAUGAACAAAUUUGUGGAGAAUACAACAACGGGUACAUUGAUCCCAGCUUUGCAUCUAUCGCUACCCGAAACGAAAGACAAUGUUACAAUGAAAACAGUCACCAAAACUCUAGAAUUUGAUCAACCGAACAUAAACGACUCUGUGAUACGCAUAAAAUCAGAUUCGUUGAAUGCAGGAGAAACGGCUGCUCACGCUGAAACCACAACUCGUACACCGAAGACCGAAGAACGAUUUCAUCUUCCGACAAUGCCAUCGUUUGACACUGCCAUACAUGCUAUCAAAGGAUCACUAGGACUUGAGGAAGUGAAGCCAGAAGAUGUUCCGAAACGGCGACGAUCGUUAUCGUUGAAUGAAGAGCAAACAACUGUGGUACCCGAAACAACGACACUCACAUCGAAGAAAGAAGGAGGUCUUCAUCUUCCAACAAUGCCAUCGUUUGACACUGCCAUACAUGCUAUCAAAGAAUCACUAGGACUUGAGGAAGUGAAGCCAGAAGAUGUUCCGAAACGGCGACGAUCAUUAUCGUUGAAUGAAGAGCAAACAACUGUGGUACACGAAACAACGACACUCACAUCGAAGAAAGAAGGAGGUCUUCAUCUUCCAGCAAUGCCAUCGUUUGACAUUGCGAUGCAUGCUAUCAAAGGAUCACUAGGACUCGAGGAUGUGAAGCCAGAAGAUGUUCCGGAACGGCGACGAUCGCUAUCGUUGAACGAAGAACAGGCAAGCGUGGAACCUGAAACAACGAUGACCACAUCGAAGAAAGAAGGAAGGUUUCAUCUUCCAGCAAUGCCAUCGUUUGACACUGCCAUACAUGCUAUCAAAGGAUCACUAGGACUCGAGGAUGUGAAGCCAGAAGAUGUUCCGGAACGGCGACGAUCGCUAUCGUUGAACGAAGAACAGGCAAGCGUGGAACCUGAAACAACGAUGUCCACAUCGAAGAA